GCCUUUGAGGAAGGAUUGAAAGAGAAAGAGUUAAUGAACGGUGGUUAUAAACAAUUAGCUGAACCAGUGGAAUUGACUGUUGAGAAAAAGCGUCCCAGUCUGGAGGUGUCUUUGGCCUUGGCUACGAUCUAUGUGUUUAUGGAUAUGAAAGGGUUGAGCAUGGGGGAAUGUGUUUUGUUUCACAUCACAUGUGAUGAACACUUAUCACUAACACGAUUAUGCAGGUUUAUAUAG